UCCAUCCUGAAAGCCAAAAUACAGAUAGACAUCAUAGAGUUCCAGAAAAAAAUACUUACAGUGGUGUCAUCCCUAGCAUCAGUGAAAGAUUAUGUUUGCCUCUAUAUAAUAUAAUGCAUAAAGACGCAACGUUAUAUAACUAUUUAAAUGUUAUUUUUACGAGUUUAUUUAUCUUUAAGCUUUCAUGACCUAGAUUGACUCAAGAUGGCAGCCUCCACGGAGGAUCUUGAUGCGUCCGUGCUGUCGGAUAAAUCUGAUUCUGAAAACGAAAGCGACGAGGAAGACGGGGCAGAGAAAUCUCCAGAGCCCAGGAUUAGGGAGACUCCGGAAGAUAUCAAAUUCGAUGCCAUCGUGAACACCCUGGCUUUUCACCCGACGCGGGACAUCCUUGCCGCCGGUGACAUCGAUGGUGAUAUCUAUGUAUAUUCCUACUCCUGCACAGAAGGGGAAAAUAAGGAGCUCUGGUCAUCAGGACACCACCUUAAGUCGUGCAGGGAGGUGGCCUUUUCCCAAGAUGGGAUGAAACUGUUUAGCGUGUCUAAGGACAAAUCGGUUCAUAUUAUGGAUGUUGAGGAGGGAAAGCUGGUCAGCCGCAUCCCAAAGGCUCACAGUGCUCCCAUCAACGCCUUGCUGGUAAUCGAUGAGAACCUGUUAGCAACUGGGGACGAUUGUGGCACCUUGAAGGUGUGGGACAUGCGAAAGGGGACGGCAUUCAUGGACCUGAAACACCAUGAGGAUUACAUCAGUGGCAUCACCAUUGAUCAGGCCAAGAAGAUCCUACUGACCUCAAGCGGUGAUGGGACUAUGGGUGUGUUCAACAUAAAGAGGAGGCGCUUUGAGCUGGCCUCUGAGUUCCAGGAUGGAGACCUCACUUCCGUGGCUAUCAUGAAGCGUGGCCGAAAGGUUGUUUGUGGCUCCAGCGAAGGCAUGAUCUACCUCUUCAACUGGAACGGCUUUGGUGCCACUAGCGACCGCUUUGCGGUGAAGGCGGAGUCGGUGGAUUGCGUCGUCCCCAUCACCGACAGCAUUCUGUGUAUCGCAUCCAUGGACGGCGUGGUCAGGGCGAUCAAUCUUCUGCCGAACCGCGUUCUGGGGAGCGUGGGUCAGCACAUAGGGGAACCUAUCGAGCAGAUCGCCCGUUCGCGCGACGCACGCUUCUUGGCCAGCUGCGCCCACGACCAGCAGGUGAAGUUCUGGGAUAUCUCGGGCCUCCCCGCCACGGUGGUGAGCGAUUACCGGCAGAAGAAGAAGAAGGACGCCAGCCUCAAAUCCCUGAGCAAGAAGGCCUUUGGCGUGGGGGACGAUUUUUUCUCUGGGCUCGCGGAGGAGGCGGAAACAAAAAAAGAAGAAAAGGAGGACGAGAGCGAGGAAGAGAGUGAGAGCGACAGCGACUGAGGACGAGAGCGAGGAAGAGAGCGACAGCGACUGAGGCCUCGCUGCAGAUCAGCGCAGUGCAGGACUGAAUUGUUGGAGUGAUUGGAGAAAUUCAGCGGAAUCUGCAGAGGAGGAAACUUUAUAAAGAGAGAUUAACACAUUUCAGAAGCGCAAACUGUUGGGAAGUGUGGUACAGCCACAGUGUCUGACCCUCCUGCAUUUUCUAAAAUUUGAUUCACGAACAUCUUCCCUGAACUGCUGGGAGAUGAUAUCCUCACUCCACAACUUACAGAGGUUGUCUUGCAGACGUGCGUACGGGGGCUGAUAGAUCUACUCGGCAACACUGGCUUUCAUUAGGUCUCUCCAUCAAACACAAAACUUCUGGAAUGGUUUUCCAGAAGAUCGAAUGAAUGCAGCAUGGAAAGUGCAGCAAGUUUUGCUAAUUAUCAAUGACGGUUCACACUGAUAGUCCUUCGAGACCAUUUGCAACUCAGUGUGAUGUUAGCCAUCUGAUUUUUUUUGGGCAAUGUUUUAGUUAAGGGGGGGGGGGGGUUCAUGUGGAGGUAAGUCAAGAGGACCGGCACCUACUGGAGGACCUAUUGGAGACCAGGACUAAGAAAGCUGGUGGAGUGAGGGCAGCCUUUAGCCCUGUGAGGCCUUUAGCCCUGUGAGGCCUUUAGCCCUGUGAGGCCUUUAGCCCUGUGAGGCCUUUAGCCCCGUGUCUCAGGGGUCAGAACCUGCAUAUCAGGUUCUAGGAGCAAAUUUACUAAAUCUGUUUGCUAUCACUGUCAAUUGAGAAUCGAUGUUUUUAAUUGCUGGGUAAAUAUCAGUGAAAUAAUUCCCUGAAAUUAAAAUGUAUCUCCUUAAGAAACUUACGUGUUUUUCUUUUUGAGUUUACGCUGGACUACUGGAUUGAUACAACCAAUCUAACUAGUAAAAAAGCGUAAUUAUUACAGCAAGCGAACAUUUUACUGUAAACACCAUGGCUUUACGUGCUGGUGACAAUAAAAAUGUGUCUCACAGCUA